UGUCUUAGAGAGCUGUUUAACACAGCUCAGGCAGCAAUUGGUACAGGGACAGCAAACCAGGCUGCAUCUGCUCAGCCUCAGUCACAAGCUCCCUGCUUCCUCUGUGUGUGUGCGUGUGUGUGUAUGUGUGUGUGUGCGUGUGUGCUAGACACAGGCAUCCGCUCCCAGCAUCUCACUGUCUCCUGCAUCCUCCCGCAGCAAGUGCAGGGCUCUGGCUCCCUGGGUACCAGCCUUGCCGCUCCAGCCUCCGGCAGGGAUUUGCACACAGGGCGCGGGAUGUGGUGAGCACCCGUGAGUGAAGAGGGGGUCGUGACCAGAGGCAGCAGCGAUGGACAUCGUGUGGACCGCUCUCUAGGGCUCGUGCUCCCCAGACGGACCCUGACCCUGAGCCAUGGGGGUGCUGAUGUCCAGGCGUCAGACGGUGGAGAAGGUGCAGAAGGUCAGCUUGGCCGUGUCAGCCUUUAAGGACGGGCUGCGGGAGCAGCCAUCGACACGGCGGCGGGCAGAGGCGGGGGGGACACGCCAGGGAACGCUGGAGCAGACGGUGCAGGAGGGAGAGGAGGAGGCGUCAGCAGGACCUUCCCAGCCAGAGGAGAGCAGCGCCAGCAAGGCGGCCUGGGAACGGCUGCGGGAUGGCCGGGGUGUGGAGCCGGAGGAGUUUGACCGAGCCAACAGGUUCACGCCGCCAGCCUUCAUCCGGCCCAAGCGGGAGCUGCAUGAUGACGAGCCCCCAGACAUCAGCCUGGAGCAACGGGAGCAGGUCCUCAACGACGAGAUGUGCGAGAUCUGCGAGGUGUGGACGGCCGAGAGCCUCUUCCCCUGCCGCGUCUGCAGCCGGGUGUACCAUGACGGCUGCCUGCGCCGCAUGGGCUACCUGCAGAACGACAGCGCCGUGGAGGUGACAGAGACGGCGCACACCGAGACGGGCUGGAGCUGCUACUACUGCGACAACCUCAAUCUCCUGCUGACAGAGGAAGAGAUGUACAGCCUGAUGGAGACCCUGCGGCACUGCAAGAUCAUUCCAGAGACCUGCCUGACCCUGGAUGACUUCCUGCACUACAAGCACCUGGUGCACAAGCAGCAGUUCGAGCGGCCCAUGGCCGAGGCGCAGGAGGAGCAGGCAGCCCUGCAGUUCUCCGCCCUGGACCCUGACAAGAAGGGGCACAUCGAGUGGCAGGACUUCCUCUCCCACGAGUCCAUCCAGCUGCUGCAGAAACUACGGCCGCAGGUACAGCUGCAGCACCCAGGACCAGCUCCCACAGCCAGCACCCAUGGCCAUGGCACCUGGGGCUGGCUUCCACGGCCAGUACUGAACGCCCUCCUGCGGCUGCUGACGACCAAGGAGCGGGAGCGGGCACGGGCAGCCUUCCUCGCCCUGGACCAGGACAGCGACGGCUUCAUCGGGGAAGGCGAGUGCCGCCGGGCCCGGCACGCCUGGUUCCGCAAGCACCAAAAGGAGAUGCCGUCCUGCAAUGUCAGCAUCAGCCAUGUGGGACCCAUGUCGGAGAGCAGCCCCGCCAGCAGCGGCAGUGGCAAGAGCCAGGAGAAGACCCCGCUGGUCGUGGAGCAGGAGGAGGCCAGACCCAUCGACUGGCCCAGCUUCCUGCAGGAGAACGUCGCCUACAUCCUGGCCGCCCGCCCCAACAGCGCCGCCCUCCACCUGCAGCCCCCGGCCUAGCCCCCAGCGACGGCCAUCUUGGGCGGCGAGGCCUUUCCCACCACAGAGACCUGCCCCACCCUCCCCCCCUCAAUGGGCAGAGCUGGCUGCCGAUUGGCCGGUGGGGGAGCAGCUGUGCUGUCCUCUCCCCCUGCCUCUGCUUUGGAUUGGCUGUGAAGAGGAUGGGUGCCGGGCUCUGAUUGGCUGAGGGAGUGGGUGCAGCUCUGGGGUCUCUGAUUGGUGGGGGGGAAGUGGGGAGGGGCAGGGAGCAGCCCCACUGCCCUCGCACCCCACAGGCCCCACUGUGCCCCGGGAUGCCGUGGGGCGCAGGGGGUGCCCCCACAGGCCCCGCUGCGGGGAUGGCUCUGGUGCCUGGGGAUGCUGUGGGGCACCAGCCCCACAGCACCCCCUCACCCACCAGCACCUGGAGGUACCGAGGACCCGUCCCCAGGGACCCACAGACAGAGCAGGGUCUGCCCCCGAGGAGAAGUGGGGCUUUCCCUGCUCCUGGAGCCGGGUCAGGGUAGCUGCGGGGUGAGAGCAGAGCCCAGAGCAGCCGUGCACCCCCAGCCUCCUGCAGUGCCAUGGGGCAGCACGGCUGAGCCUCUGCACGCUGCCGGCAGCAGCACCGGGGGGCCUGCGGCAAGCGCCGGCUCAGCUCAUCGGUGUGGUCAAUCCUUGGGGGCAGAAUGUGGCCAGCCUUGGCUUGGCCACUUUCACAUCCCUGCCGGCUCCAACAGAGGCUGGAGCCCAGUAGGUCCAUCCUUGCACUCACAGCUCGUGGCCGUGUCUGGGAGAGUGCACAGCUCGACCCUGCCCUGCUGGGGACCAACCGCUGAAUGCCAACAGCGAUGGUGUGGGAAGGAACACCGAGAACAGAAAGCACUGAGGGGGGAGGGCAAGCUCGGAGGCACAGGAGUGCUCCUCUGAAUCCCUCGUCCUCUCCUGUCCCCCUGUUCCCAUGGGAUGCUCUCCCCCCCUCAGCAUUCUGGUCUCACACCGGCCCCAUUCCCUCCCACUCCCCAUUCACUCCCACUCCCUCCCCAGCACGGCGAGUGGGCAUCCCCACCUCACCAGGGGCAUUAGUACUUGGAACAAGGUGGAGGAGGCAGAGCCCAGAGCUCCCCAGGGUGUCAGUUGCAGGGAUGAGGCACUCACUGGGCAGGGGCGAUGCCCAGCAGCCCUAAGGUGGAUGGAUGCGGUCAGCCCGCAGGCGAAGGAGCAGGCACCCCUGGAAACCUCACCCCACAUAUGCCAGGGGUUGGGAUGCCCAGGUCCACGCAGCCCCAGCAGCUGCCCCCUGCCCCUCCAACCCCCUCCCCGUGGUGCCCUCAGCCUCUCCCUGCCUGGUGUGCCCUGGCUCAGCUGGGCUGCCCAUGGCAUACACAGACCAGACAUGCACCUGCGGCAGCCCUGUUGCUCCCUCACCUCCACCCCCCGAUGCCAUGGGGGCACCGUCCCGUGCAGCUCCCCCUGCCCCAGCCAAGGACCCUCUCCAGGGACUCACCCCACUGCAAGACCAAGAGGCAUGCCACUGCCACGACACCUUCCUCUACUGCCCUGGUGUACCAGGCCAAUGGGGAUGUUUUGAAUGGCAGGUCCAGGACAGGGCUGGAGCCGUGGCAAGGAGGCGGCCAGGGGUGUGUGGGUCACAAUACCCGCUCUGUACUGAGAAGUGUCCAUUAAACAGCUGUGUCCAACUA